CUUCAGGACUGAGGUCUGCUUCUGAGCGCAGUAAUGUCCUUGGUGUGAGGGCUGAAGGGACAUUUGCACCAAAUCUACAUUUAAAGCAGUGUCCAGACGUCUGGGGGAGGAUCUGUGGGUCCAUCAGGCUGAGAGACAGCGCCAACCAGACUGGAGGGAUGCCGAGGGCUUUCCUGGUGAAGAAGAAACCAGGCCCGUGUGGCGCAUGGCAGUGGAAGGAACCAGAACACCACCAGUGGACAGAAGGUGAAAAUAAAAUUCCCUACAGCUCUGAUGCUGAUCAGUCGGCCGCUGUUUCCCAGGCAGCAUGUGAGUCAGAACCGGGACCAGGAUUAAUGAUGCCAGUCCCAGUGGCGGGAUCAGGAGGAUCAGGAGGACCAGGAGGAUCAGGAGGACCAGCAGGAGCAGGAGGAGCAGGAGGAUCAGGAGGAUCAGGAGGACCAGGAGGACCAGGAGGAGCAGGAGGAUCAGCAGGACCAGGAGGACCAGGAGGACCGGGAGGAGCAGGAGGAGCAGGAGGAGCAGGCAUCCCAGCUAAACCAGGCUGGUCCACCAUGAUGCUCCGGGGCUCCUUCUACCACCCCGGCACACUGGCACUGGUCAGUGGAGUCAAGUCUCGUCCCCGGCCGUCCCCGGCCUCCGGGGACUUCGUGUGCGCGGCGUGCCACAAGGUGUUCCCGCUGCAGCGCAUGCUGACGCGCCACCUCAAGUGCCACAGCCUGGUGAAGAGACACCCCUGUCGCUUCUGCGGCAAGGGCUUCAACGACACCUUCGACCUCAAGAGACACAUGAGGACACACACAGGUAUCCGGCCGUAUAAGUGUGACCUGUGUGAGAAGGCCUUCACCCAGCGCUGCUCCCUGGAGUCCCACAUGAGGAAGAUCCACGGCGUUCACCAGCAGUACGCCUACCGCCAGCGCCGCUCCAAGAUCUUCGUGUGCGAGGACUGCGGCUACACGUCCAGCCGGCCCGACGAGUACUUCCUGCACGUGAGGCAGCGCCACCCCGGCAGUCCCGCCCUGCGCCGGUACUACCGCCGCCAGGCCGGCGACGGCGGCGGCGGCUUCCCGCCGGCGGAGCAGAAGCUCAACCCGUACCUGCUGUACUCCAGUCCUGCUUUCUACAUGUAGACCCGCCUCCCUCCCUGACCGACUGGAACACUUUUCAAAAGCAUUUACCAGUGAUGCUAAAGAGGCUGCCGGUUCCAAGCUCCCGCUGGAAUGGAGGGAAAUGUUGUGUUUAAUCACUGCUCAGUCACAGCCUGACUUCUGGAGUGAGUUGUGUUGUUUUGGGUUGUGUACCGCUAUGUGUGAACAGUCUCACACAUGCAGUUUGCAGACAUUUUAAACCAAUAAGCUGCUUUUAAACAGCUUCACUCUGUAAGAUUAUUG